UUUUUUUUUUGUCAACCUACACCACCUCGCUUAUUAUAAAUAGAGGUUUUGCAUGGAGCGCUAUACUCACCAGUCCCAGCUCCUUCACUAUUUUUUUUGUUGAAUAUAAACACAUCACUCUAUAAACAAAACUAGUGUUUUAAGAGCUUACGAUGGCUUCUAAAGCUUUGCUUUUCUUAACUCUCAUUGUUGCUCUUCUCAUAGCCUCUGAGGUAGCAGCCAGGGACAUCGCUGAAAAAAGUGAGAGAGAAGAAGGAAUGCAAACUGAGCAGUAUGGAGGGUAUCCAGGAGGAGGGUACGGAGGAUACCCUGGUGGAGGAUAUGGUGGAAAUCGCGGCGGUAGAUAUGGUCGCGGUGGUGGAUAUGGUGGUAGGGGCGGAUAUGGAGGACGCGGAAGAGGAUACUGCCGCUACGGCUGCUGCUACAGAGGUUACUACGGUGGCUGCUCCAGAUGCUGUGCUUAUGCUGGUGAGGCUGUUCAGACUCAACCAGAGAGUACUGAGCCAGGUCACUAAAUUUCAUGCAUAUGGAUUCCUCAUGCUGCGUUGGUUUUGAAGUAUAAGUCUCAAAUAAAAUGGAACAUAUAAUUAUAAUAUAGUGAAGUACCAUGAUUUGAAGUUAUUACAAAGAUAAAAGAGAAUGGAACGUUUGCGUCUUUUUUUUGUUGAGUUUUUGUGUAAUAAUAAUCUAUGUUCGCGUGAUAAAGUAUGUUUGAUGUAUAUAUGUAUCAUAAUAUGGAAUAUGGGUAA